AUGUUCACAAGGCCCCAGAGUGAAGAGCAGCCGCUACUCCACAGGAGCUGGGGGAAGCAGAGACGCCCCAAUUAUUCCCCGCCUGCUUCUGGGGCAAGGAGAACCCAGACGUGGAUGGCGAAGAUGGAGCGUCUCAGACCAGUCUUUGUCCUGCUGCUGGCUGAGAUCUUCAUGGAAAGCCCUCAGGUCCAGUGUUUCUCCCUCCGCAAGAGAGACCUCUUCUCCGUCAGAGAGUCACCACUGGACAUGGCCGUCAGCUCCUUCGACGACCAGUACAAGGACUGCGUCAGCAUGAUGGAGGCCGAGCUGGGGGAGCUGAACCGCACCGAGUUGGCCAACAACAGGAACUACGCCGAGACCUGGCUGGAGGCAGCCUCCAGCUGGAAAGAGAUGAAGGACAAGAGCUACCUGCCACGGGACUUCAAGCCCGAAUACGCCAUCGCCAUCUUGGCCUACACCAGCCAGGGGCCCCUGCACAAACAGCCCCUUCACCAGGAGUUCAAUGCAGCCGUGAGAGAGGCAGGCCGCACCCGGGACUUUUACCUCAACAACUUCAACUUCAAGACCCUGCACUUCCUCCUAACCAGAGCCCUUCACAUCCUAAAGGCCUCCGAGCCCACCAAGUGCCACCAGGUGUACCGCGGAGUCCGGGGCAUCCGCUUCAAAGCCGAGAGUCGCAAGCCCGUCCGGUUCGGCCACUUCACUUCCACGUCCCUGAAGAACGAGAGCGCCCUGCAUUUCGGGCAGGACACGUUCUUCUCCAUAAAGACCUGCUACGGGGUCAACAUCAAGAACUUCUCCUUCUUCCCCGGCGAGGAUGAAGUGCUGAUCCCCCCCUUCGAGAAAUUCAAGGUCACCAACUUGACCAGGUCUCAGGACAGAACCUUCAUCCAGCUCCUGUCCCUGGACAGCUACAGCAACUACAACUGCGAGUAUGUGAAAGAGAAAAGAUGCAAGACCCGGAGAUGCGUUUUCAGCUCCGGAAUGAGCAGUUUCUCCUCCGGCAUACAGUGCCUGUACCUCCUCGGUGGAGUUCUUCUGGUGCCAAGUGCUUUGGGAACACCUGACUUCCUUUGA